GUUAGAAUCGAAUUGUUUAUCCUAGAAAAUAUUGAUUUCAACAAGAAUUUGUCUAUAAAGAAGUAUUUGUAUUUCUUUAAAGUAUUUACGUUGUAAAUUGAAUUAACGAGCAGCCGUAAUUUUAUGUCAAAAUGAGUAUGCCAUCGCACGAUCCUGGCCCAGAGCAGUUCCACCAAUUUCCAUCCAAUAGGAUCAUUGUUAUUCAUCCCGGAUCUCUUUACGUUCGCAUCGGACGAGCCUCCGAUCUCCUACCAGUAAAGCAACUCCACUGCAUCGCGAGAAAACGCAGACCCGGCGGCAAAAUCUAUCGAGAUCCUUUUGUCCCGCCAAGCGUGCCGAAAACGAAGGAAUUGAUCGAGGAACUAGAAGAAUGCCGUCUACAAAUAUCGCAUACGCUCCAGUCUUGCAUGCAGUCCAACGGGGCGAGGCGAUACGCGACACCUCCACAACAAAUCGCUGCUUUCAAUCGAAGAUCUCUACCAGAAACUGUUAACGAUGGAGAACCUUGGGCCCAAGUUGAAUGUGACAUCGUUGUUGGUGAUCUAGUCUUAGAUAUAGACCCAGAUUUACCUUUCAACAUACAUUUCCCAUACAGAAGAGGCGAUUUUAACAUACACUCGGAAGUUGGAGGCUCCAUAUCCUCAGUGCUCAAUGAUUUAUACAUCAUUUGGAGUUCUAUUAUAGAACAUAAGCUUGGAAUACCUUUAAUAGAGCUCAUAAAGUACAGAUGUGUACUUUUAAUACCUGAUUUAUAUUCUAGAAGUCAUUUGAAAUAUCUAAUGUCUCUUCUGUUGAAGGAUUUAGGAUUUGGCCAUUGCUUUUUGGUACAAGAAAGUGUUGGAGCAACGUUUGGGGCUGGAAUCGGAUCAGCCUGUGUAGUCGACAUUGGUGAUCAGAAAACGGCAAUAUCCUGUGUUGAAGAUGGGAUCUCUCAUAAAACCACAAGACUGCGGAUGGAUUAUGGAGCUGGUGAUGUAUGCCAAGCUUUAUCUUGGAUGUUUCAUAAAAGCGCAUUCCCUUAUAAGAAUUGGAAUGAAAAUAUACCUAGGGACGUAGUUCUGAUGAGGAAUUUAUAUGAGAACUUCUGUCAUGUGAACUUAGACGUCUGUGGUCCCUUAGAAAAGUCAUUUCUUGUUGACCAUCCAGGAGAUAUUGUUAACAAAUACACACUUCAAGUUGGAGAUGAAUGCAUCAUAUCACCUCUAUCAAUGUUUUACACAGACCUGCUGAAGAUAACAGGUUUAAAAGCAACUAAAAUGCAGAACAGACAACCGAGUGAUCCAGAAGAUCCGUUUGAUGCUGAAUUUUUAAGAGAAACUGGUAGGAAACGAGAAGCUGCUGACCCAAGUGCGAAUGAAAGUCAGCAGUUUGAAGCUGUUAAUGAAAGUCAACUAGCCACUAACCCGGAUGAAGAUAUUGUUGUAGAUACUUUAGAAGUCGGCCCAGGGGAUACUGUGUUAGCCCCCGGACAAGUUUUAGCUUUAGACGCAGCUAUAUUGCAAAGUAUAGACCGAGCAAGCAGUGAGGAACUGAAACGUAAGAUGUACAGCAGUAUUCUCAUUGUUGGUGGAGGUGUUAAAAUCCAUGGAUUAUCUAUGUGGUUGCAAAAUAGACUAGCAUUGCAAAUUCCUUACGCUUACAAGACUGAGCAGCUGGAGAUUGUGACAUCACCGAAAGAUAUAGAUCCGGCUAGUACAGUUUGGAAGGGUGCUGCAGUUAUGUCAUGUUUAGAAUCAGCUAUGGAGCUUUGGAUUAACCAGACGGAGUGGAAUAAGUUUGGCUUGAGAAUACUAAGGGAGCGAGCACCAUUUAUUUGGUAGCAUUAGCAAUAAAAUACUUUUAAGGAC